AGAGCCAAGUGUAAAGAGAUGGGACAGCAGGGGAGAAAACCAGAAGGGAAACCGGAGACGAGGAGGGAGAAAUCCUCUUCCUCCCAAAGGGGCGAUGUCGUUGAAAUCCCAGUUGGAGAGGAAAUAGAGAGUGGAAAACAAAGCAGUCAGUGCUCUUUGUGCGAGGACAGUUUCGUCUGCACGGCAAGCGACACGGGAGGAAAGCUCUUCGAAUGCGUCGAUUGCAGCAAAAGCUUCUCCAAAAAUUCCUACCUUCGGAAACACCUCCGUAUCCACACAGGGCAGAAGCCGUACAAAUGUGCCGAGUGCGGAAAGAGCUUCAGUCAGAGAACGGACCUCAAGAGACACCAGUGGAUCCAUACGGUGGAGAAGCCGUAUAAAUGUCUCGAGUGCGAAAAAAGCUUUACCCAGAAGAGGAGCCUCAGUACACAUCAGAUGAAUCACAGAGGGGAGAAGCCCUAUAAAUGCCCGGAGUGUGGGAAAAACUUUGCUCAGAAAAAUUACCUCACGAUACACCAGCUGACUCACAAGGAGGAAAAGCCUUAUAGAUGCUUGGAGUGCGGAAAGAGCUUCGGCCAGCUCAAAGAUCUCAACAGGCACAGAAGGGUUCAUUUUGGGGAGAAGCCGUAUAAAUGCCUGGCGUGCGGCCAGGGCUUUUGGUACGAAGGCCACCUUAAAAAUCACCUCCGAAUUCACACCGGGGAGAAACCGUAUACCUGUUUGGAGUGCGGAAAGAGCUUUAUUCGGAAAACGGACCUCAACAGGCACCAGAGGAGUCACACCGGGGCGAAGCCCUAUCAAUGCUUGGAGUGCGGGAAAAACUUCGCAGAGAAGAAGAACCUCAGUUUACAUCAGAUGAAGCACAGAGGGCAGAAACCAUUUAAAUGCCCCGAUUGCGGGAAAAGCUUUACUCAGAAAAAUUACCUCACUGUGCAUCAACUGACUCACAGAGGGGAGACGCCAUAUAAAUGCUUGGAGUGCGGGAAGACCUUCACGAGGAACACCAGCCUUAGUUGUCAUCAGAGAAUCCACACCGGGGAGAAGCCGUACGAAUGCCUGGAGUGCGGAAAGAGAUUUGCUUGGAGGAAAAGCCUAAGUUGCCAUCAAACCAUUCACACGGGAGAAACAAUGGAAAUGUCUACAGAGCUUUACUCGGAACAGAAACCCGGCCACGUCUCAAAUCAAUUACAAAUGGCGGAAUCCUAUCAGUACCCAGAUUGUUCCAUGAGCUGUGAAGAAGCUGGAGAAGAGAAAAUGUCCGUCUCAAUUUUUCUGUGCCAAUGAUCUUGAAUCUCUUCUAUGGU